AUGGACCCAUCCAUCGAUGAUGUACUCGCCUCGACAGACACAAUGCCCUCAAUGGAGGUAUCGACCUCAUCCGACAAGAACCCAGCAUCCUCAGACGAUCCCUCUACGAAGCCAUCGAGUGUAAAGGCAGCCAAUGAAGAUGCGGUCGAUCCCCAAGAGCUUCUUGACCGGACCCUGGAUUUUCUCGCGACGGCCAGUAACGAGACCCUAGUCGCUGUCUUUGCUGCGGCAUCGCUCGUGAUAUACACCAUCCUGGGUAGAUUAGGCCUCAUACUGAUCGGGACUGGGGUGGGAAUACUAUUACACGCAUCAUGGGAAGGUUCACUUCCAACACGGGGGGCCGAUGGCGUCUCGACGGCGUCGCCAAAGCGACGAGAGCUGGCACUGGAGGUAUCUCAGAGGCUGCUGGAUUGGCCCCGACGCACUCCUCCUGGGCAUGUCACACCUCUCAAGGUGGAUUAUCACGCCGCCGCCAUUGCCGCCCCGGAGGAUCUGACAACCGCUGAUCUGGACUAUGCGACGUUCCGACCGGCGACGGCCGCCGCGCUACGAUCGUUCACGGAUGCUGUGGUCACCGAUUAUGUGAAAGACUGGUAUGAGCCAAUUCUUCCCAAUGAGAUCAUCUUUCCCGGUUCCUGUCGGAGGACAUUGACCCACUUCGUGACGACCAUUUCCUCCCACGUGUCGCGAAAGCGAACCGAAGAGACAUUCUUACAAUUUCUCACCAACUCCUCUUCCAUAAUCAUCGUGUUUCUCAAUGAACUGGCCGCGGCCUUUGCGGCCUCGGAUGCCUCUUCCACGGAUGCCUCCGAGGUGGUGCAGCAGUACCUCACGAAAAGCCCGGACAGUAGUUUGGCGAAUGUCCUGUCCGAAGAACAACAAAGAAAGAAGCUCAACAUGGUCGCGGAUGAUAUCCUUUCUCACUUCCUCGAUCCAAAAGCAUACAGCUGUUCUCCGGUCCGGGAUUUCCUGCGGGAGAUUUUCGCUCGGCUGGUCUUAGAAUCAACAGUCACUAGUCUUUCUCGUCCCGAGUUCAUCAAUGAGUGGAUUAUAUACCUUCUCCAAGACGGAGAAUCUGAAAUCAUGCAUGCCAUCGACGCAGGGGUGGAGGGUGCGCGCAAGCAGAGCAUUGGUGUGAGCAAUGUCCCAGCAGAGCCCGAAAUUGCAAAGGCUGUCCUCCCAGAGUCGAACGGAAAGGCUGCCAGUCAGUCCCCUGAGCGAUCUGCGAGUAGAGUCGACCAAGCCGAAGAAGACGCGAUGAAAGAGGCAAAAAGGCUAAGCGCACUGAUGGCUUCUCGAGAUGCCCAUGUGCUCCAAGAGAAUCACACGCCUCAGCCCUCCCACCAGCAACACCCAGAGUCGCGAGCUCUCGGAGUCAGUCCAUCUGAUCCCGUGAAAGAAAUUGAACAUCUCCCUCCUUUGAAUACUGUACAUGUGUCAGAGGGUCCCGGUUCUCAACCUCAGUCUGCGACUACGGCCGCGACGUUCACAUCUCCAGUAUCCCGUCAUAACUCAGAGAAUCAGGCUGUUUCGCUUCAACAUGCCCAGGUUCUGGUGGAUGACGAUGGUGCAAAUAGCGAGAAAGGUAUCAUCAAAUCCAGACCGACCUGGGACUACCUGAUCCAGAUCGAGCCGGCGUCGACCCGUGCGACCGGUUGGAUGGUGUUCCGGAAAUACGCCGACUUCCAAUCUCUCCACGAGAUGAUGGCGACUGUCUCCAGACUCAAUCAUAUUCAGAGUUUUUCCGAUCAGUUCCCCAGCCUGCCUGCUUGGAAAGGCAAGACGCGGCAGAAUUUGGCGCGAGAGCUUGAGCGAUACCUACAAGAGGCACUGAAGCAUGAAUCGCUCGCGGAAACAGAGCGUAUGCGACGAUUUGUGGAGAAACAGGGUGCUCCAUCUGAGAUGAGCCCGUCCAAACCGGCAUUUUCAUUCCCGGGACCUAAUACCUUUGAGAAUCUAGGAAAGGAUUUGCUGGGGGCUCUGAGCAAUGCGCCCAAAGGUAUGGCCGGAGGAGGCCGUGCAGUUCUCGAUGGUGUCACCGGGGUCUUUGGGGGUGCCAAUCACAACCGAAAAAUAUCGACUGCGUCAGACCAGGUGUCCACACAUCGAAAGACUGCGUCACGGGCAAGUAUGGACCUCGCGAUCAAUCCUGGCUUGGCCAACGCUUUGAACCGAGUCUCUUCCCCCAGUAUUGGAUCAGCUUCAAUCGAUCCGCUGGCGUCUCCCCGGUUCGGUGGGGAACAGCCGCUCUCUCCUAUUGUGCCUUCUUCCCCACCGACUGCGGCGCUAGGUCUGGGGUUGUCGAAAGACUUUGUUCACAUUCCGCCUCAUGGAAAAGACGUGAGCAACGGCGCUAGCCUGGCGUCUAGCCCAAAGGAUCCCUCACCCCCACCGCCAGAGUUCAAGAUUCCUCUCACGACUGAUGGCAACGCCUCUGCUGAUCCAGUGCAGCCCGUUGGGGUGAAGGUCGAAGCCAACAUGGCCUCUCUGGCCUCUCAACUUGAAACUCAAGUUCCCAACGAGCCAGAAGUGACUUCACACCCCUCACGGCGAUCGCAAGUCCCCAUCACAGCUGAUGAAACACAGAUCGCAGUGGAGUUAAUAUUCGCCGUGAUCAACGAGCUUUACACCCUAUCCUCGGCAUGGAACAUUCGCCGCACCCUUUUAAACGCGGCGAAAACAUAUAUCCUACGCCCGGGAAGUCCCACUUUGGAGACAAUCCGUGACCUGCUCCAAGAGUCAAUGAUCGAUGCCCACUCUUCGGACGAGGCUCUUGCGGAGUAUAUUCGGAAAAUCAGAGAGAGUGCUCUUCCCACGGAGACAGAACUGAAAUCCUGGCCUGCCCCACCCAGUGAAGAUGAGAAACUGCGAUUGAGAGACACUGCCCGUCGAUUGUUUGUGCAGAGAGGUAUUCCCCAGGCUUUGACGAGUGUGAUGGGCGCUGCGGCUAGUCGGGAGGCCUUGGAGAAGAUUUUUGAUAGUCUGCAGGUGGAGAGUGUGGCUCGGGGCUUCAUCUUCUCAUUGAUGCUGCAGGGUUUGCGGGUCUUGACUUUGUAG